CCCGCCCCGCCGUAUCCGGUGCGGCGGGAGCGAGGCGGCCGGGCGGGGGCUCCAUGGUGACGGCGCAGGUUUCUGGCAUUGGAUCAUUCAUUGGUCAGAUCAUACCAGCCAUAGACCUGCUGUCAUGUCCAAGUUAAAGAGCUCUGAGUCUGUUAGGGUGGUGGUACGAUGCCGGCCAAUGAACAGCAAAGAGAAGACAGCUUCGUAUGAAAAAGUAGUUAACGUGGAUGUCAAAUUAGGGCAGGUUUCAGUGAAAAAUCCAAGAGGAACAUCUCAUGAGCUGCCUAAAACUUUCACUUUUGAUGCUGUGUAUGACUGGAAUUCCAAACAGGUUGAGCUCUAUGAUGAGACCUUCAGACCUCUUGUGGACUCUGUUUUGCAAGGGUUUAAUGGGACAAUAUUUGCAUAUGGGCAAACUGGGACAGGGAAAACAUAUACCAUGGAGGGAGUGCGUGGUGAUCCUGAGAAAAGAGGGGUCAUCCCUAACUCAUUUGAGCAUAUUUUCACCCACAUCUCUAGAUCUCAAAAUCAGCAGUACUUAGUUAGAGCUUCUUAUUUGGAAAUUUACCAAGAAGAAAUCAGAGACUUGUUAUCAAAGGAUCAGUCCAAGAGGCUGGAGUUGAAAGAGAGACCAGACACGGGUGUGUACGUUAAGGACUUGUCUUCCUUUGUUACAAAGAGUGUCAAAGAGAUAGAGCAUGUCAUGAAUGUGGGAAACCAAAAUCGCUCAGUUGGUGCCACCAAUAUGAAUGAACACAGCUCUCGUUCUCAUGCCAUUUUUGUGAUCACUAUUGAAUGCAGUGAGUUAGGACUUGAUGGAGAGAAUCACAUCCGUGUUGGAAAACUUAACUUGGUAGAUCUCGCAGGCAGCGAGCGCCAAGCAAAGACUGGAGCGCAGGGGGAAAGGUUAAAGGAAGCUACUAAAAUCAAUCUCUCCCUGUCAGCUUUGGGCAAUGUUAUAUCUGCCUUAGUGGAUGGCAAAAGCACACACAUUCCAUACCGGGACUCAAAACUAACUAGGCUUCUUCAAGACUCUUUAGGUGGCAAUGCCAAGACUGUGAUGGUGGCCAAUAUAGGCCCUGCUUCUUACAAUGUAGAGGAAACUCUUACAACACUGAGGUAUGCCAAUCGUGCCAAAAACAUCAAAAACAAGCCAAGAGUGAACGAGGAUCCUAAGGAUGCUCUGCUACGAGAAUUCCAGGAAGAAAUUGCUCGACUAAAAGCACAAUUGGAAAAACGGUCUAUUGGCAAAAGGAAGAGGAGGGAUAGAAGGAGAGAUGGUGGGGAAGAAGAGGAGGAUACUGAAGAGGGAGAGGAUGAAGGGGAUGACAAAGAUGACUAUUGGAGGGAACAACAAGAGAAGUUAGAGAUCGAAAAAAAAGCUAUUGUUGAGGAUCACAGCUUGGUAGCAGAAGAAAAGAUGAGACUGCUGAAAGAGAAGGAGAAGAAAAUGGAGGACCUGAGGCGAGAGAAAGAAGCAACAGAAAUGCUGAGUGCUAAAAUCAAGGCAAUGGAAAGCAAGCUUCUAGUGGGAGGGAAAAAUAUUGUGGAUCACACAAAUGAACAGCAGAAAAUCCUGGAACAGAAACGUCAGGAAAUUGCAGAACAGAAACGUCGGGAGCGAGAAAUCCAACAACAGAUGGAAAGUCGGGAUGAGGAAACACUGGAACUGAAGGAGACCUAUAGUUCGCUACAGCAAGAGGUGGACAUAAAGACCAAAAAACUCAAAAAGUUAUUUUCCAAGCUGCAGGCUGUGAAGGCAGAGAUCCAUGAUCUUCAAGAAGAGCACAUCAAGGAGCGUCAGGAACUGGAACAGACUCAGAAUGAGCUUACCAGGGAACUAAAGCUAAAGCACCUGAUUAUUGAAAAUUUUAUUCCCCUGGAAGAAAAGAAUAAGAUCAUGAACAGAUCAUUCUUUGAUGAAGAGGAGGACCAGUGGAAACUGCAUCCCAUAACUCGUCUGGAUAACCAGCAGAUGAUGAAAAGACCAAUAUCCGCUGUAGGAUACAAGAGGCCAUUGAGCCAGCAUGCCAGGACAUCCAUGAUGAUUCGUCCAGAAGCCCGGUACAGGGCAGAAAACAUUGUAUUACUGGAGCUUGACAUGCCCAGCCGAACAACUAGAGACUAUGAGGGUCCAGCCAUUGCUCCCAAAGUUCAGGCUGCUCUAGAAGCUGCUCUGCAGGAUGAAGAUGAGAUACAGGUAGACGCUUCAACGUUUGAGAGCACUUCAAAUAAAAAAUCAAAAUCCAGGCCUAAAACUGGAAGGAAAUCAGGGGCAUCCUCUUCAGCAGGCACCCAUAGUUCUCAGCUUUAUCCACAGUCACGAGGGCUGGUUCCAAAGUAAAACCAGCAAUUUCUCUCCAGGGUGUGAACAGCCUUUGCCUUCUGAGAGCAGAGACAAGUAAAAACCUGCACAGAGAACUCCCAGCCAAACUCCAAACCCUUUCCCCUGGAGAUGGCCUCUUUGCUGUUUAACUGACUUGUGCCAGUCCAGGUGCAUUGAGACACAAGAAGAUACGUGUUUGCCAUUCAGCAUUUGGCCUCUGUGGGAAACAGAUUUUAGUUAGGAAAUCAGAAAUGCAUGAGGUACGUUAAAGUGUAUUAGAAGCAGUGGGAAGCAUGGGGAUCACCUCACAGCAUCACCGUCCCUCCUUCUGCACUAGUCCUUUUGCUGCACUGGGCUUUUGUUUUUGCUGUUGGGCAAUAAGAAGAUAGAGUUGAAAGUCAUCUCAGCAGAACCACCACUACAGAACUUCAUAGUGAGAACCAAAUGAGGUUAAAAAACGGAGGGUAUAUCCAAACUUGACUAGGUGUUUAGUUUUUUUCUCUUCCUGCUUAAAAGACUGGCAUCAUCAUUUGGGGUUAAUAAAUUGGUCUGAACAGUCAGGAUGACAGCUGUCAUCAUGUACUCACAGCUAGAUAGCUGUGCCUCCCUUUAGAAAUGUAGAAAAAAAGGGUCUUGGAAGCAUCUUUGUGCUCUCUGGAAAAGAAGCAAUAGAAACUGAAAUCCUUCACUUGUUUACAGGCAUAUGUUAAGAGCUCCUCCAAACUGACCUCAUAUAGACCUUACCCCUAUCAGUAGGAACCACCUUGUCAACAAAUAUAUCUGCAUACCAGUGCCAGCUCCAUAGCAAUCUUCCUCUCUCUCGCCUCCAUUUUUACCCCUGGCAUUUUAAACCAAUAUCCAUACUGACUCUCUGAACUGUGGGGUGAUGGAUGACCGUAUUCUCAAAUCUCCCGCUGUUCGUAUGAAAUGUAGCAUUGGCUUGGAGCUUUCUUCCUAGCAGGCUCAUAGGGCUGAGCUCUCCCUUUUAGGCUGGGUAGAGAGCAGAGCUCCAUAAUGUGAAGCUAUCUUUAAGUGCACUGUUCUUGUAAGUAUGGUCCCUCCUCUUGAUGUCUAAGGAGGUUCAGUAUUUGAUACCUUCUAUGUCUUUCCUGUUCCACAUUAGAACUUUUCCCUUUCCACCUCCCAGACCACUCAGGGCCUGGUGGGAGUGAAAGCCCCAUGUAACUGAGUCUGAGUGAUGGAAUCUGGUAUUAAUUCCAGGGGUUGUACUUUGAAACAAGGGAGGAAGAACUCCUGCUUUUGAUGGUCUCUUUCUAAAGCUGCCCUAUGACUAAAGCAGGCUGCUGUAAUGCUGCAGGCUUGUGUGGCAGAGUAGAGGGAAGUGGAACUGCCCUGUUGAAGACAGAGUAAGGUGUUUCUGUCUAGUGUCUCACAGCUCGGUUGUAACUUUUAGUUCAUUGUAUAUUGAGACUUGGGAUGUUACUUUUUCUGGUUGCUGUUGGCUGUCAUCCUAUGAAUGUUUUUACCUGUUUCCUCUUCCUCACUGAUGACUUCCUCCAGACUGACAUGUGUGAGUGUAUGAGGACUUGCCUGGUUUUAGAAAUGCUCUGAUGUAUGGACUCUACCUUGUGUGCUCGUUAAGUAUCCGCUGAGUGACUUCGUCCAGGCUGGAGAACUCCAUUGUAUCUGACCCCCAUGAGCAGAAGGAACUGAACACUCAGCACAGAGCUCACCUGCAUCUUGCGGGCAUGAUGCCUCGGUGAGCCAGCUGCCCAGGUGGGCCCAGGUUAAAUUCUGACUCAGCUGCUUUGAUUCAUGGAGUACUUUUCUGGAUCACAAAAUUAAUAUAUAUAUAUAUAUAUCUUAGUUUUGGUGGAGGAGAGAGGGGUUUGCCAGUAGUUGAAAGAGUAGCCAUCUGACAAAUUUCUUUCAACCUGAAAAUGGAAACAUGGCCUAAUCUUUCUUUCUAUAAACCACUGUUUAUGUACAAAGAGUCUUUUAAUUGGCUCUUGUUGCAUAACAUAGUGUCAUCUUCUUUCCGUUUCCCUGCUUUUUCCCUCUAGCACAUAAUCUUCUGUACUUCAGUGUUUAAAAGAUAAUUGUACGGCUUAAGCACUCAGAAAAAUUGAAAUGAAACAACGGGAUUCUACAAGCUGAAAUAGCAACAUAAUACAUAUACACAUAUAUGUACAUAUCUAUGUACACAUAUGUUUCUAUAUGAAUAUGCAUGCACAGACACAACUGUGUUUGCACAUGUGUGCACUUCUUCAGUCACUGCUAUUCCAUAGGGAAUUCUUUAUUAAACUCAAAAGCUGAAAACUCCCCUUGUGGCAGGAUUGGUACAGUGGAAAUCACAGUGCAAACCCAAACUGUUCUUGUUGUAGUGUUAAUAAGCUAGCUGGUUAAUAUGUCAGAAAGACUCUGCUUUUAAUUUUGUAGAAAUUCAUUAGCAAGGUGAAAGAAAUUCAUUAGGAUGGAAAAAGAAUAAAAUUGAAUAUUUAGUCACUGUAUUUAUAUCGGAGCUGUGGAUAGAGAUGUGGUUAGUGUAUUCAUGGGCAAUCUCAGAUUGUUACAGAAGCUUUUAGAUUCUCAUUUUGUUUGACUUACCCAUGAAUAGAUACUCAGUGGCACUGAUAUUAAGAUAAAACAUAUAGUCAUGGCCCUACAAAACAUACUGAGUUCUGGCUUGAAGUUUUUAAAAAAUGAUUCUGCCAAGCUUGCGUCUCUCUGGAUGUUAUCUGAACCAUCUGGGCUUCCUGCAGGUUAACAGCCAAAGACAGGAAAUCCAGCAGACUCCUGGAAGAGGCCCUUGGACAGUGUGCACAAUCAUAGUCUCUUCACAGGAAUGUUAAAUAUCCUUCUCAUCUUUGCUCUGGUCUGUAUAAUGGGAUCUAACUUUUUUAAAAGUUACACGCAGUAAAAGUAGGUCUUUGGCUCUGGGAGCAAGCACCACGUGAAAAAAUGAAACAUAUGAAUUAAAGCACUUUCUUAAAAUCCUUAAUAUAGGUCUGAUUGCCUUUUUAAAAAUAUUUGCAUGCUGCUUGAAUCUUCAAAAACACAUACGUCUGUCCUAGCAUUUUGGACUACAUCGAUGCAUUAUACAGAUCAGGCUUCUGUUAAAAGAGUUUUUUUUUUUUUUUCCUUUUGAUGUAGUAAGUCUGCCUUCACUGAACAUAGAGUGUUUGCCAACUUUCAGACAUCUCUAAAAUGGAUCUGUCCUCUCUUCUCAUCUGUUUACCAUGCACCAGGGUUUAAAAGGGAGCAGUGUGACAGUUGUAGGUCUGUUUCUGCUGUGUUGAAACACAAAUCGGAAGAACAUAACCUGCAACAGCCGUAAUUAGAUGCUGAGAUGGGGGUGAAUGAGAAUACUCAUCCUGUUUGCUCUGCACUGUGGAGUGGUGGGCUUAACUCUCUAUGGUCUGGGCGCUUAUUACCUUCUUCAGUUCCCUGUUUUUGAAAUGAAGUGCCCGAGGGUCUCCUCGUGGGCACAGCUGUCUUUAUGAGAACUCACAGCCCCUCAGAGGUACACUGAUCUUGAUUCUCUCUUAGGUGAUCUGUAGACGAAGAACCUGUCAAUAGUUCUGUCCAUAGGUUUUACAGCUUGUAUUUAUUUGUAUCAUCUCUUUUGUCUAGGAAUGUAAAAGUGAUCCUAAAAUACCAUGUGUAAUAAAGAUUUAUUGCAUCUAUCAAAA